GGGGAACACGGAUGUGUUUUGGUCCUUGUUGUGAUUACUCUUUCAGCCCCACAUGCUGAAUCCAAAGAUGGCUGUAUCACUGAUAUGCAGUAAAACACAGCACAGAGUGAGCUCAGUCUUGAACCGAGAUGCCAAACAGUUUGGGAAGAAGUACAUGUUCGAUUCCAACGAAGAGACGUGCUGGAAUUCAGAUCAGGGCGAUUCUCAGUGGGUCUUACUGGAAUUCCCUCAAAGUGUGCGGAUGACCGAGGUAAAAGUACAGUUUCAGGGUGGAUUUUCAGGGAGGACGUGCAGAUUACAAGGUUGCCUACAGGAGAACGACUUUGCUCAGAUCACAGACUUUUAUCCAGAAGAUGACAACUCAUUACAAAGCUUUCCCAUUCAGGAGGCCCCCCCAGUGCACAAGAUAAAAAUAGUAUUUGAAAACAGUGCUGACUUUUUUGGAAGAAUAAUUAUUUACUCUUUGGAUAUCCUGGGAGAAAGAAUGCAAUGAUUUUUUAAGGAAGAGAAGUACUACAGUAAAAUAACAACACUGCUUUUUUUCCCUUUUUUUUUACCCCAACGGAAGUUGUCUGCCACUACAUCUACAGCAUGAAAAAAGAAACUGCUAGAAACUGUUAUGGUAAAAUAAUCACCCAUCAAGAGUGCCUUUAUUAUUUAAAAAAAAAAUUACACAUCUUUGUCACCCCCUUUAAAACAAAGUUGACAGUAUAAAAAGUAAAUAAACACAAGUUUUGUACUUUG